UGGACAUUUUACACUUCGCCGCUAGCCCCAAACUAAGCAAAGCUUGUGCUAUGGGUACUAGACGAUGGAUAUAAACAUACUUAAUUACUUUUUUUUUGUAAAUACAUACAUAUUAUACAUAGAAAACACCCAGACCCGUCACAGAAAUUACAAUUCAACAUUUCAAUUUCUGCCCGGCCGGAAAAAUUGAAACAGAAUUAUUUUUUAAAACUUGUAAAGAAUCGAUUGUCGCACGUGGGAAUUGAACCCAUAUUUCGCAUGCCGGGCGCCUGCUUACUACACAGCUACGAAAGAGCUGAGCUACGUAGCUAAGAAAGAGCUGAGCUACGCAACUACGAAAGAGCUGAGCUACGAAGCUACAAAAGAGCUGAGCUACGAAAUUCAGGAAUAUAGCGCCGUUAUAAAAUAUGACUUUCAUCCUUGGACACUGUCAUCACCUUCACCUCUCCGUUACGUUUUGACAUCUACUUUUUCAUAAGUAUGUUUUACCAUACCUGUUUCUAUUUUUCCGCUUUUCCUUCCAGAAAUGUUAUGAAGAAUAUUAAAUAAACUAAACCUUGGAAUUAUUUUACUUUGAAGCUAUUCAGAGCCUUUCAGAAUUCCAAGACCCUGAUUAUGUGAUAAUAAUAUGUGGAGUCGACAGCGCAUGUUAGCAUCCUUAUUGUUAUGAUAUAAUGGUCGCUAUUUCACAACAAAUUGAAUUCGAAUAUAUUGUUCUUAAUAAUCCGGUCCAUGAUGAAUUGCAUAUUGAUUAUUACAUUGUAUUUAAAUUUUUUAUCAACAUGAUUCACUGAUAUGAAUGACCGAUCGGUAGGUACCAAGAAUAUUUUAUUUUUCUAGAUAAUAUUUUGUACUGAUGUAGUUUAAUAAACAAAAUAUUGAACGAGCAUUUUAUGUAGUUGUGAUACGUGCUAUUUCGCAACUACAAGGUCAACAAUACCUUGUCUGUUUUGCGCAAUCAUUUUACGUUAUUUUUUUUUGUAGCGACCUUUGAUUUACUUAUAGACAGGCAAGGGAACGCGGGUUCGGUCCCCGCCGCCACUCGACUAUUGUGAUCCUGCUGGCAAUAUGGCUGAUGUUUUCCAAUGCUGUCACUGGAAUAUCAUUGACUGUAUCUAAGCAGGCUGAGUACCCAAGCGAGGUCAUCAGUAACGCAUGCUUGCCGUUCCUAUGGUUCAUCAUGGGAUGCUAUGUGCAGGAUGAAGUGCGCACAGAGGUUGAAAAAACCGACAAUCAACUAAUCAAGCAUCUCAUUGACUUCAGAUGCGAUCAACCUAGAAAGUCGAUGUUACAAAGUUUCAAACAGCUGGUGGGGACGGAGCGCCUGAAGUUUACUGCAUACAGUCUGUUCGAGUUGAACUAUUCGUUGAUUGUAGGGACCAUCCUACACAUUGUGACGUACAGUAUCAUACUGAUACAACUGCUGAUGAGUAAGUAAUGAGAAUACAAAAAUGCCUGGUGAUAGCUGUAGUAGGCAUUUUGGGAUAUAAAUUCUAUCAGUCGUCCUGAAAUUGUAUUUUUUGUUUUUUGACUUUGUCUGUAUCAAUUAUGAAGUUAGCGGUGUUUUCUGUUCUGUCGUAAAAAUACUUUAAAUAUCACACACACAGUAAAAUUGCUUUGCGUUUAGCGCCAGGCACUAAGUUUUUUAUUUCAAAUUAUGUGAAUAUUGUGAGGCUAAAGUGGGUUUUCGUAUGUAAUUUUAGGU